AAAAUCGCGACGAGCCCCGAGGAGCGGCGCGGGCUGAGGACGGCGCUCAGGUUGGGACAAUAUUUAUCAGCCAAGAGAUGAGCGAGCGCUUAUCUCAUCCCCAAAAUUCCCACUCCCGCCACAGAAAUGGACGUCAAAAGGCGCCUGCUAUUGGUCAGCCCGUGAUCAGAUGGUUGUAUUUCCUUGUGUCCCUCGCUGGCACCACGCCAUCUCCCUUCAGCUAAAACCCAAUCUCCGAUAUACCACUAAUAGCUAAACCACUUGGACUAUAAAACACAACAAAUCAUAAAGCCCGGGCACAAAAAAAAAAAAACCAACCAACCAAAAAAACAAAACCACCAACAAGGACGGCAACAACAACAACAACCAAACCAAACUAAACUAAACAAACAAACAAACCAAACCAAAAGCCGCCCCAAAACGGGGGGGAUCUCUUUCUCUCCCUCUCUCUCUGUGUGUCUCCUUUCCGAUGAGUUCUUAUUUUGUCAACUCGACCUUCCCGGUGAGCCUGGCGGCGGGGCAGGAGCCCUUCCUGGGACAGCUCCCGCUCUACCCCUCGGGCUACGCGGAUCCUCUGAGGCACUACCCCGGCACCUACGGAGCCACGGGCGCGCAGGACAAGGGCUACUCCUCCUCUCCUUACUACCAGCAGAGCAGCUCAGCAGCGUUCGGCGGCCGCGGCUCCGCCUGCGACUACGGGCCCGGCGGGUUUUUCAGGGAGAAGGAGCCUGCGUGCGCCCCCGGCAGCCUGGACGAGGCGCCCUUCGCCCCCGAGCCGCGCAAGCCGGACUGCGCGCACGGCAAAAGCGCGUUCGGAGAGAGCGAGGAGCAAAAGUGUUCCGCGCCGGUUUACCCCUGGAUGCAGCGGAUGAACUCUUGCAAUAGUUCCUCCUUCGGGCCCAGCGGCCGCCGCGGCCGCCAGACCUACACGCGGUACCAGACGCUGGAGCUGGAGAAGGAAUUUCACUUUAAUCGCUACCUGACCCGGCGCAGGAGGAUCGAGAUCGCGCACUCGCUGUGCCUCACCGAGCGCCAGAUCAAGAUCUGGUUCCAGAACCGCCGCAUGAAGUGGAAAAAGGAGAACAAACUGCUCAGCUCCUCGCAGCUCAGCGCCGAGGAGGAGGAGGAGAAAGUGGCAGAGUGAAGACAAAAAAUGAGAAAAAAAAAAAAAGGAAAAAAAAAAAAGGGGGGGGAGGAUUUUAAAAAAGCGUUAUUUAAAACGAGCAAAAAAGAGAAAACGACAAAAAAAAUUCAAAUUUAGGGAGGGAGGGAGAGUGAGAGGCGAGAGGAUGAGGGGGGUGUGGGCUGCUGGGACGAGCCCUCCGCAGCAGCCGCAAAGUUUGGGCCAACAACGCCCCGAACCCGAAUUCCCGAUGAUUUUGUCCAGAAACAAACAAAAAUUAACCCCCCGCACAAAAAUCAGGCUCUGGCGGCGUUUUGAACUUUUUUUUCCCCUUCCUACACCUCCCUUUCCCUCCCUCUCCACCCCCCUCCCCCUCAAUACACGAAAUGGAAUAAUAAUAAUAAUAAUGAGAAUUAAAAAGUGAAGAGUUGGAGAGAGAGAGGAGGAGGGAAAGAAAGGGAAAGAGAAAAAAAGGAAAGAAAAAAAAAAAAAAAGAAAAAAAGGACUCCUAGCCGUGUUUCUACCCUUGGUGUCACUGUUAGUAAUCCGCUAACUCUGUAUUUAAUGGAAGUGCUGCAAUAUAUGUCAUUUGGGGUGUUUGUUGUCCUAAUUUUGUAAAAAUGUUUCAUGCACGGUUGAUAUAAGUUGGGGUUUUUUUUUUAAGUUUUCCUCCUUUUUUUUUUUUUUUUUUUUUAGAUUUAUUUUUUUCUCCUUUGGUAAAUUAAUCAAGCCCUGGGGUUCUUUGUAAUUAGUUUUUGGGGUGGGUUUUUUGUGAGGUUUUUUUUCCUUUUAAUUUUAAUUUUUAUUUUAAAAAUGAAAAAUCUACUGAAGGAACGAGUACUACCUACAAGGCUGCAAAAAAAAAAAAAAAAGGAAAAAAAAAAGAAAAAAAAAGAAGCAACAACGACAGAAAGUUCUAUUUUAUUAAUUUUUUUGUACGUGUCGUGUUUUGGAGUUUGUCUUAGGUAUGAACAUGGAAUUCUCUAAUAAAAGCCAAGUCUUCGAUCUCA